UCCCCUGACCGCCAUCUUGAAAUGUAAAUGUUUGUUUCCUCUGAUUGACGUUUUAACUAAAGGUAGCAAUUUAUAUUUGUUCAGAUCUUGUCGUGCAUGAUGGAUCAUAGAGUAGUACAAACGCUGGAAUAACAAAGUUUUCAACUGAUGGUAUGGAGCAGGGGUUCCCAUACGUUUUCACUCAGGCCUCCCUUCCUGAAUUGGGGAACAUCCCGCACCCCUCUUGUGCGCAUCACGUCUAUUUCUAUGGGCAUAAACUCUGUUCAUGACUGAUUGCUCACGCCCCUCUUGUUGGCGGAGAGCAAAUGUUGCAGGUUUAAAGCUUAUUCCCUGCAAUUCUACACAUGUCAUGUAGUGCAGGUCCAGAAUGCAUAGUACUCGAUCCCUGUCAGUAUCAAGGUAAGAUUCAACCACCCUGGCCUCCUAACCUCCCCUCAUCCUCACUGCAGAUCUUCAAGCACAGACUAGGGUAAAUGCUGCUGGAUCUGGUGUAAUGAGGUAGAUGGGGGAAUCCAAGAACAUGGUGUUGAAUGGCAGGCGGCAUUGCAGCAGAUUCUCCAGUGAUCGAUCCAUAACCUCGGCCAGGUCCCUGCGACAGAGCAAGGGCUCCUUAAGAAGUAGGAGAUGUAGUCAACGUGUCAUCAGUUCUACCCUUGAGGCAGAGAGACGUCAUACCCCGUCGUCGGGUAUGACUCCAAAGGAACUCUGUGAGAAUGAUGACUUGACUACAAGUCUUAUUCUGGACCCCUACCUCGGCUUCCAGACCCAUAAGAUGAAUAGCAGGUUUCGACCCAUCAAGGACCGACAAGGACAUUUGAAGGAGGUGCUAGAGUGCUUUAAAAAACAUGAUAACCUCGAGAAGGCCUUCCAUGCCUUGACUGCUGGGGACUGGUCAAGACCCCACUUUCACCACAAGACGAAGGCUCAGGGCAAACUCUUCAAAGAGCAUGUUUUUGUUUACCUACGAAUGUUUGCAACUAACAGUGGGUUUGAAAUACUUCCCUGCAAUCGUUAUUCCUCUGAGCAGAAUGGAGCCAAAAUUGUAGCAACAAAAGAGUGGAAAACUAAUGAUAAGAUGGAAUACCUGGUGGGCUGCAUUGCUGAGCUAUCACAGCAUGAGGAAAGCAUUUUACUGCGACAUGGUGAAAAUGACUUCAGUGUGAUGUACUCCACCCGCAAGAAUUGUGCUCAACUGUGGCUGGGACCUGCAGCCUUCAUCAACCAUGAUUGCAGGCCAAAUUGCAAGUUUGUUUCCACUGGGCGAGAUACAGCAUGUGUCAAGGUUCUGAGGGAUAUUGAACCUGGGGAAGAAAUCUCCUGUUACUAUGGAGAUGGCUUCUUUGGGGAAAAUAAUGAACUCUGUGAAUGUUACACCUGUGAAAGGCGCAGUGCUGGUGCUUUCAAACCGAAGACUGGGCAGUCUACGGCCACUCCUAUUAUCAACAGCAUGUAUGGCCUGAGAGAGACAGACAAAAGGCUCCAUCGACUUAAGAAAUUAGAAGACAGCAAAUGCUCUGACAGUCAGUUGGACGGCUCUAAUAUGGAUCCAGACUCUCAGGAAAAUCGUGACACACAUUCAUCAGUAGGGAGGACAGCCUGCUCCAGUGUGACCAGGCUCAGUGACGCACAAGCCCUAAGCAGGCAAACUCUGUCCAAAAUGCCUAUGCCUACCUCAUCAUUCAAUCAAAGACACUCAAAGAACUCCAACGUGCAAGAGAGACGAAACUCAAAGUCCGUAAAGCCUUUGCACAAGCUAGGAAGAAGGUGUCAGGUAACUGCUCACAGGUUCCCCAUUGAGGUGGAAGCUAUGGGUUUGUGCCUUAAGGACCCCACAGAAUUAGUCAGUAACAGGGUCUCGCGAAAGAGUGCGAUGGAUAAGCAAGGACCCAAGCAAGUGGUGGGAACAAGGGGUUGUCUUGUGCACUACACUGUGAAGGAACACAUUCAGAACCCAAUGAAAGAUGGUAGUAGGUGCCCUGAUGGUUUAGCUUGCACUCACAGAACUCGCAGUUCAACCAGAGCAUCAGUUGGCACACAGGGGUCUGACAACAUUAAACUUCAACCAAACUGUGGUGUGGUUAGUAAGACCAAUCCUACAGACCUCAGAGAGUAUGUCACAGAUGGUCACUGGAUAAUCAGCCCAAGCCUGGAUAUCAAGUGUCCAAGUGAGACCUGUCCCAGACAGAGGCAAGUGAUAAAUCAGGAGCAGCAGCACUCUUUCAGACCAGCAUCCCUUCUCCAGGAGGAGGUUCCAGGCCUGCACCAUGCAGCCCGUACCCCAGACAUAGCUGUAUGCAGGAAAGAGUUGCAAUGCCUGCCUGAUGGUCGUGAGUACUACAACAAUCUGUCUAAGGGAGACAAGCUUCUCCACCUUGGCAAGGGGAAGAAGAAACAGCAGAUUACGCGCUAUGAUUCCCAGCUGAUCCUAGCCAACAACAGCUCAGGCAUUCCCAAAUUAACCCUGCGGAGACGAAGGGACAGCGGCAGCAGUAGGAUUGAGCCUGGUGAGUCUGACCCUGUCAAGUCCUCCAGCUCCACAAAGACCAGCAUGAAAUUUGGGAAGAGCCAUCACCAUGCAAAGACCAAGAGGAGCUCUUAUGCAGCCAGAUGGAGUAAUGGGACUUUCAGUCCUGUGGACCACAUCCAUUCCUCCAAACAUGGCCUCAGUCCUGUGGAACACAUCCGCUCCUCCAAACAUGGCCUCAGUCCUGUGGAACACAUCCGCUCCUCCAAACAUGGCUUCAGUCCUGUGGAACACAUCCAUUCCUCCAAACAUGGCCUCAGUCCUGUGGAACACAUCCGCUCCUCCAAACAUGGCUUCAGUCCUGUGGACCACAUCCAUUCCUCCAAACAUGGCCUCAGUCCUGUGGAACACAUCCGCUCCUCCAAACAUGGCUUCAGUCCUGUGGACCACAUCCAUUCCUCCAAACAUGGCCUCAGUCCUGUGGAACACAUCCGCUCCUCCAAACAUGGCUUCAGUCCUGUGGAACACAUCCAUUCCUCCAAACAUGGCCUUAGUCCUGUGGAACACAUCCGUUCCUCCAAACAUGGCCUCAGUCCUGUGGAACACAUCCAUUCCUCCAAACAUGGCCUCAGUCCUGUGGAACACAUUCGCUCUUCCAAACUGAAGAUUCACCUGCAGCAUGAGUGGGACAGCAGGAGGCUCAGCCAGUAUUGCCAUGGUAGUGGGCCCUUCACAGGUAUAGUAGAGAGGGAGGCAGGGGAGGUCUUUGGGCCCACAGUAGCAACAUUUGGAAUGCACCAUGACACAGAGGAAGACUCGUCCUCUUCAGAAGAAGAGGAUGAAGAUGCAUCUGACCAUGAAGAGUUUGACGAUGAUUUUAUUCCACUUCCACCAACAAAACGCCUCCGCCUCAUUGUUGGUAAAGACUCUAUAGAUAUUGAUAUCGCAUCAAGGAGACGUGAAAAUCAGUCACGAACAGUCAAUCCAUGAGCUCUAUGGGUCUUCAUUUGUUAUGUCAAUAAAAGUACAAUCACAUGCUGUUGUAAAAUGUUAACUAUUUUUGUACAUGGUGGAACUUGGUUCGUUAUUCAUAUUGUAGAAUGUGUACAUUUUACAUGGCAUACAAUGUGUAAGCAAUUAUUUUUAUAUCUUCAGCUUUAUUUUGUACAAUUGUUAAUUAUAUUUAAAGCAUUUUCUAGUUUGUGUUGGUAAACAUGCUAAAUGUUGCUCCACUGACAUCGCAAGAAUGGAACCUUUUGGGAACACACUGCAAACAAAAUGUGCUUUUGUCAACAUGGCAGUGCAUACAUGCAUAUAAAAUAACAUGCAUUUUAUAUAUUGUUUUGAGAGCUUUUAAAAGGAACAGAAUUCUUGUUUCUUGCUGGAGGUAUGUGAAAAUGUUUGACUUCCAGUGAUUCCUGGGAGCUGGUCUCUGAUGUUUUAGUCCCAUUGUAAUCACUCAUUCCUUAAUCAAAAUGUGUUGGUGCUUGCAUAAUGAUUCUAUUUGUUAACUUUUUAGUUUGUGCAGAUGUGGUUAUUUUGGAUGUUAUUUUAUUUUUUGAUCACAUUUUUAUUUUUCUAUUCAUUUCACUCAAUUCUCGAACUGUAUAAUUUCUCAGUCUUUAUUUAGCAAUCACAAAUUCAGAACUUACUUGGUCUGGCUUAGGUGGUGUAGAUAUUGAAACACUUUUCUCACUUUGUUAUUUUGUUCACCAUUUGAUCAUCAGUUCACCUGAAUUACUUUGUCUGCUGUGUCUGAAUGGUGUGGUGCAUGUCUCAACUUUUUAAAUUGCUCUUUAUAUACUGGACCAGUCAAGUUUGGACACACCUACUCAUUCCAGGGUUUUUCUUUAUUUUAUUUUUAGCGGCUCAAAUAAAUGCUUCACAGAGUUCAAGUAACAGACACAUCUCAACAUCAACUGUUCAGAGGAGACUGCAUGAAUCAGGCUUUCAUGGUCGAAUUGCUGCAAAGAAACCAUUACUAAAGAACACCAAUAAUAAGAUGGGACUUGCUUGGACCAAGAAACAUGAGAAAUGGACAUUAAACCGGUGGAAGUCUUUCCUUUGGUCUGAUGUGUCCAAAUUUGAGAUUUUAAUUCCAACCGCUGUGUCUUUGUGAGACGCAGAGUUUGUGAAGGGAUGAUCUCGGCAUGUGUGGUUCCCACCGUGAAGCAUGGAGGAAGAGGUGUGAUGGCGUGGGGGUUCUUUGCUGGGGACACUGUCAGUGAUUUAUUUAGAGUUCAAGGCACACUUAAUCAGCAUGGCUACUACAGCAUUCUGCAAUGAUACGCCAUCCCAUCUGGUUUGCGCUUAGUAGGACUAUAAUUUGAUUUUCAACAGGACAAUGAGCCAACACACCUCCAGGCUGUGUCAGCAUAUGUGGGAACUCCAAGACUUUUGGAAAAUCAUUCUACGUGAAGCUGGUUGAGGGAAUGCCAAUCAUGUGCGAAGCUGUCAUCAAGGCAAAGGGUGGCUACUUUGUAGAAUCUCAUUUUGAAUGAACACUUUUUGUUGUUACUACAUAGUUCCAUGUGUGUUAUUUCCUAGUUUUGACGUCUUCACUAUUAUUCUACAAUGUAGAAAAUAGUUCAAAUAAAGAAAAACCCUUGAAUGAGUAGGUGUGUCCAAACUUUUGACUGGUACUGUAUAUUUUUAUACUAGGUUGAUUUAAAGUAUGUUGUACAACUUUGGACCAGUCACUAAUACUGUGUUCUGUCAUAUGUAGGCUACUGUCUGUAGUCUUGAUUAAGCUACCUUUUUGAGUUGCUUGCAUAAUGUUGAGAAUUACAGCUGAAUUUGAUAAAACAUGGCUGUGUUUUCUAUAACUUUGAUUUUCUUAACAUUCAUCUACUUUGGAAAAGAAAAACAAUAGCAAACUUGUGCUUAUUUCUGGUGAAUGUAGUUUAUUAUGCAAAUCACAAAAUCUUGUUAUUUUACAGUUUGAGUACUCAAAUUAAAGUUUUCUUCCAAAUGUAAUGUCUUCAUGACUUGAUGCACUUCCCUGCUCUUUAAGGAGACAUGGUCAAAUCGAGGAACUUUCUGGAACUUUAGUUUCCAUUCUUAAUUGCUGCCCCCACAAAGAUCAUGUGAAUUCCCUGAAAUAUAGGAUAUGUUUUAUUUAUUUAACCUUUAUUUGGCCAGGUAAGACCCAUUGAGGUUACAAACCUAUUUUGCAAGGAUGACCUGGCAAGAAGGCCAAACAGAUUUGGCUGCCCUACAUUAUUUGUAAACUGUAGGGGGUGUCUUCAAAUAAUAUGUAGUAUUUUUUAAUGAGAGUUGAUACUUGAGAAUGGGUAAUGGGACAAAUAGCAUUUGAAGUCUACACUACUCCUUGGGUACACAGACUUGACCUCAGCUUUUGCCAUAUUAAUUUACCCUUUUGUGCACACAGAUCAGCACAAACAUUACAUAGUCACAACAUUUGUAGGAAAUGCAUUGUGAAAAUAUGAAAUUCCCAGAAGUCUCCCGUUGAGGUGUAAACUGUUUUAUAGAAAGUCUUGUUGAAUUAGAUCUUGAAUAACAAAAGCAUAAUUCAUAGCAUGGCAUAAAGUCAGUUGUCUGCCCACCACUCUGGCAAACAGAACAAUUGUUUUUCACGGAUAAAAGCAAUAGCAAGAGGACAAUGGUUUGCUAUCUUUCAUUUGCGAAAUAACUACAAGGAGGCUUUCAUUGUGCAUGGGAAAUGGUGCUGGGUUGGCUUUGUUUGCUCGUGAAAGGACGUGCCCGUGCCAACCAAUGAGGGGAGAGAAUGAGUGCGGUAGUAUGACGUGUAGAUGUAAAUCCCCUCGAUUUCAGCCUAUUGCCUGACUCAACCAGCAAGUGUGUGUCUUCAGUCUUCAUUCCUUGCCACGGAACGAACCUGUUUAUUCUGCUGUCUGAAUAAAACGGACGCGUGUUAUUGUUUUGCUGGGGAUUAAAUACACAUUGCUUGAAAUCAAAUCGUAUAUUUUUCUUCCUCAACGCAAGACUGCGUAAUUAUAAAUUUACUUUAAUCUAAUUAAUUCAUAACUGUACGCUAUUUAGUAUUCAUUUUAAGACAAAAUGAAGACAAAAUUUAUCAACGGGGUGUCAUCAUCCCCUUCCAUGGCAUUGGGUUUGUUGGUCACUGAAAACGCACUUGAGGUCCAGCCAGACACUGAGGAUGAAUGCAAGGAAAUCAUCCGGCCGGAUGAGCCUGACCAGGACACGAAGCGCAAGGCGUAUUUAUGGUGCAAAGAUUUUCUCCACGGUGCGUGGAAAACGGUGACAGAAGAGGAUUUUCAAAUCAGCAUAAUAAGGGGUGGCCUCAGCAACAAGCUCUUCCUCUGCGCCCUACCCGACAUCCAAACCAGUGUAGGUGAUGAACCCCGCAACGUCCUCUUGCGUCUGUAUGGAGCUAUUCUACAGGCCUUCCAAAAGGAGCGUGCCUUGAGCACACUUGUUUCCAGGUGAUUCCACCAUACCAUACACGAUGUCCUGUAAUAAGGGGGAGCCCAGACAGUCAAACAAAGAAAAUCUCUUUCAAGGUGCUGAGGCCAUGGUGCUGGAGAGUGUGAUGUUUGCCAUUCUGGCUGAGCGGGAGCUUGGGCCCAAACUCUUUGGCAUCUUCCCUCAGGGCAGACUGGAGCAGUUUGUCCCAAGUCGUAAACUGGACACGGAUGAGCUGAGCAUGCCUAGCAUAUCUGCUGAAAUAGCUGAGAAGAUGGCCAAGUUCCAUGGUAUGAGGAUGCCUUUCAACAAGGAGCCCAAAUGGCUGUUUGGAACUAUUGACAAGUACCUGAACCAGGUGAUGAGACUCACCUUCACCAGGGAGUCCCACAUGCUCAAGUUUGCCCGUCUGAUGAGCUGUAACCUGCCCCAGGAGAUGGAGAAUCUCAAGUCUUUGCUGGACUCCAGUCAUUCCCCUGUGGUUUUCUGCCACAAUGACUGUCAAGAAGGUAAGGGGUCUGAAGGAUUCUGCAUGCUUCGGUUUGGCUGGCACCUUGCCGAACCCGGCUAGGCGAACCGAACGAGUGUGCUUGCAUACUCCCUUAAAAGACUGUCGCUUGAAAAACAAGGAAAAAGCGACAAUAGUACUGUUUGUCCAUAUUGAGACUCUGUAGCCAGUAUACACUUCCUGAAAAUAGUCAGAAGGAAUCUAAGAUAACUCAAGAAAUCUGUCAUACAUUUGUACAUUUUUGCAGAGGAGAUCUUAGUCACAGAAUUUUACAUCUGAAUAAGAUGUUUGAAGUAUUUCUCAGGUGAAAAAAAUGUAUAUGAAAACAAGUUGUCUAUCGUUGAAUGGCAACGAACACCUCAUUGAAGAAUCCCUACUGUUGACCAAUGACUGACGAAGGGGUGUAGAUUUUCAGCUUGCCUCGAGAUAAAAUGUUGUGUGGCCAAAAGCCUAAAAAAACCUGGCCAAAGACCAAAACCAACAAAAUGUUGUCAUAAUAUAUGCACUAACUGUUCUGAUCUGUUUCGGAUGGGAAGUAUGUACACAGGAGUGUGUACACUGGCAUAGCACACACACCCACAGGGGGGCCAACCCUAUGACAGGAAAUUAGCUUUAAAGCUGGUGAAUUUUCUCUCAGCCUCAUGGCAAAAUGUGUAAAAUAGCAUGACAUUAGCUAUAAAACUGCACAUUUUUCUCUAUGCCCCAUGUUUUUGAGGGGGUUUGCCCUUGCUCCAACCUUACGGAGACCCUGUGAAACUCUGCUAGGCCACUGUUAGGCAUAGUAUUGCAGUUUGUAUAAAGCUAGUGAAGAAAAUCUUUGAAAUCCCUUGCUAAUGUGUUUUACUGUGUGUAUGUGUGUGUGGUGUAAUAAUUAUUCGCUCAUCCUUUAGGAAAUAUCCUUCUCCUCAGUGGUUGUGAAGGCACUGACAGACAGAAGCUCAUGCUGAUUGACUUUGAAUACAGCAGCUACAACUACAGGGGAUUUGACAUAGGAAACCACUUCUGUGAAUGGAUGUAUGACUAUACAAAUGACAAGUUCCCAUUUUUCCAUGUCAACUCAAAUAAUUAUCCCACUAAAGCCCAACAGCUACAUUUCAUUGGAAGCUACCUGUCAGAGACUGAGCAGGGAUUUGAGAAUCACAGCGCUGAAGACCAGAUGAAACUCAAAGAGGAGCUGUUUGUGGAAGCCAACAGGUUUGCUCUGGCUUCGCACUUCUUCUGGGGUCUGUGGUCGAUGAUCCAGGCGAGAAUCUCCACCAUUGAGUUUGGGUACAUGGAGUAUGCCAUGGCCAGGUUUGAUGCAUACUUUGAGCAGAAACGGAGCUUGGGGGUCUAAGCGAGGGACCACAUACUGUAACAAGGAGGUGGAGGAUGAAUGGAUUAACAGCGCUUAAUUGAAAAUAAUGCAGACAGGCAAUCAGGGUGUAGGACCAUGCUUUAAUGGCGAACCUGUGCUUUGGGAAUGAAAUGCUCGCUAUAGUUGGUAUCGCAUGGACCAAAGUGAAACCAUGAAUAUUGGGUUUGGUGCCCCAUGCAUCGCUGCUCAGUGUUUGCACAAUACUACGCUCCUUUAUAACACACGCUCACAGGGUCAAGAUUGUUCUUGGCCUGUCUUUUCUUCAAAGAACAUCAGGAAGAUUAAGACAGGGAUAAAAAUCUUCAUUCUGAACAGAGGUGUAAGUUACAUCCGCAGGAAGUCCAUUCCUGUUUGGAAAUGUUCUGGCGUAGCUCAAAAGAACAGAAGUCUCAAUGAGCCUUAAAAAUCCUUGCUUAUUGAAAACCCAGUAAUCUCUUAUCUGUGAUCCAACGGCAAUAGUACAUUUUCUGUGACAUAAGAGCAAGGUUCGAAACAUACUUCAAAUAACUAAACUCUCAGUUUCAAUUGAUUGCAUCCAUGCUAUACAUGUCAGUUUUCCUUCAUUCUUUAUCAAAAAUAAUUCCUCUAAGAUGACUUGCAUAUGGAAAUAUUUGGAGCCACCUAUUAGAUGGGUGCAUCUCUGGCUAACAGCAUUCCUCACCUGCAGUACUGUAAAUAUAAUCUGAUAAAUGUGACCUGAAACACAGUGUACUCUUCGAAAAAAGGGUUCUUCAAAGGGUUCUCCUAUGCGGACAGCUGAAAACCCCUUUUAAGGUUCUAGAAAGCACCUUUUGUUCUAAGAGUGUAGUAAUGGUGACCUCACUACCCUACUCUGUACUUACAAUAGCUGGGGAUUGUGUAGAGUAAGAGUAUCAGCUCUGAAUAGGUCAUUGAAAUGGUAUUGGUAUUCAAACAGAUAUAUUCAUUAUGAAAAUGCAGGUCCUUCUACACCUGCAUUGCUUUCUGUUUGGGGUUUUAGGCUGGGUUUCUGUACAGCACCUGGUGACAUUAGCUAAUGUAAGAAGGGCUUUAUAAAUACAUUUGAUUGAUUGAUUGAAUAUAUCACAGAUAGUACAUUGGAUAAGUAAGGAAAUGGCAAACAGGAACGCUCUCAGCUUUAACUCAAACAGACAAACAAUAGAGAUGCUUACUGUGCUAUUCAGCUGGAGUAAACAGUUGCAGAUGAAGUUGUGAGAAGAACUGUAAAUAAGUUGUAAAAAAAUCCUCAUGUAGAGGUCUUUAAUAUGUAUAAUGAUAUAUUUAGAAUGUGUUUGGGGACUGGAAAUAUUUACUUAACUUUUUUUUGUGAAAAAUUCAUAACCAAACUGUGAUAAUUAGUGCUGUUUUAAUAUGAAUUUAUAUUCUGUAUUUCAUCAUUCUAUUUGUUUUAUGUAAACAUGUUUAUUUACUCUGGUUAAUAUAAUAUUGAAACAAAUAUGAGCCUUCACUUUGAAAUUACAUUGUUGCAUAGGCUACAAUGUCAGUGGCACUUCAAUCUCAUUCACCAGACACUUCUUCCCAAUGCUCAUACGCUAUUAGCCUGGGAGCCUGAUGAGUGGCACUUUCCUGACCAGUUGCAUUUUUAAGGAUAACGUUUUAAUUGUUUUCCUUAAAUGGAAUAUGUAUUUUUCUUAAUAAGAAAGUUGUCUCUUUCCUUGUUGAAACACAUCUCACUCCUGUUUUCUCAACACCUGCUAUAUCAUUAUUGUGUGAUCAACUACAUUCCAUUUUCAGGUAUAUGUUGUGUAUAUUUGUAUGUACAUUACACCUCUCUUUCAUGCUAUAUUAUUAGUUUGAGAUAAUAAAAUAAGAAUUGAUCCAAAUGUAUUCAAAUGGAAUUGGAAUUGACAGUGUCACAUACAGUUUUCUGAGUAUAUCCUUGCUGUAUUUCAUGUUUUGCCAUUCAAUACAGAGAUCAAAUAACAUGUGAUUGAUUAUCAAAACAUGAGGGAAGAAGGAGCUCCUCUACAUUACACUGAAUAUUGUUGAUUAUGAAUAUUGUAAUCUUAUGGAUAAUUGAACUGAAUGUCCAAUUUGUAUAUGCUGUGAAAGGAUCCCAACUACUCUAUUUUGUGAGUGCAAACGUUUAGCCUGGCUUACCUAUAAAGAUAGCUAUGCAGAAAUACACUAAAAUAAGAAAAUAUGUACCAUAUAAAUUCUUCCCUUGUAAAUAGCAAGGGUCAAGUCAUUUGAAAAUGUACCACUAUGGCAAGUUCAUUAUAUACAUUUACUGUACCUUCUACUGCUUUGCACAAGUACUACAAUAAAGAUAAAGAAAUAAAA